AUGCCUUAUGGAUCAUCUCUGGCUCUGUAUACGGCAUGUUUCGUCCGCCUUCUUCGCAAGCACCCCAACGAGCAGUUGAUCGCGGGAUCGGAGGUCGGCAUGACCAACGGGCCGAUAGCGACAAUCGUCGGCGCGAAGUUGCACGAAGUCACAAAACACAAAACCUUGGAACAUAUCUAUAAAAAGGGAAUUGGCCUCGCAUACUCCGUACAAACUGCUCACAUAUCAGACUUCCUCGCCUCAUUCUACUCUACAAUCGCAUCUCGAUAA